AUGAGAAGUAAUGAUUAUAAACAUGAUAUCGAUGACUUGGAGAAGAAUUAACACUACAAAAAAGAAAACAAAUCAAACUCUGAUUCUUGGAGCUUAGAAAAAAGUGGGGAGGUCGAAGAGGAGGCUCAUGUUAAUGACUAAAUCUAGAUAUUACCUAAUUUCUAUAGAGUUCAGACUUAAAGAGCUGAAAGAAAGUUUAAUAUGUCUCUGAAACAAAAAAAUAAGGAUUGUUUAAAGGAAAUUUAUGGCGAAAUAGAUAUCGAUAAAAAAGAUGGAAAUCAUAUUAAUAAAGAUAUAGAAUUUACUGAUCUAUAGCAAAUUAAAUCAGGUUCAAACAAUUUUAUUUCACCUUCUGAAAUAUAAGAAUGCUUUCUUAAAACCAUACUUACUGAAGUUCAAUAGAAUAAGUUAAAUGACUAAAUAAAAUAAAAUAAGCAUUCAUAUAAUGCAAUUAAUCAAGACAAAGCAACUUUAAAUGAAGAUAAUGAAGAAAGUAAAGCAGAGAUAAAGCUUUCCUGUGGGCAUACUUUUUGCUAGACUUGCAUAGAGUAAAUGCUAAAUUAAUGGAUAGGAGCUGAAGGUAGAGUUUCAAAUAUCAAAUGUCUUGAUAGUGAAUGCGAAGUAAAAUUUACCAAUAGACAGAUUUAGCAACAUAUUGAACCAUAGCUUUAUGAAAAAUAUCUUAGAUUGAAUGUGAAAAAUGUGAGAAAUAGAUCUGUUUCAAUUGCUAGUCUCAAUGGCAUGAAAAUUAGACUUGUGACUAGUUUUAAAAAUCUAACUAUGUAGAAUGGGCAACUAAGCAAGGUGCCUAGAAAUGCCCCAAAUGAUUGUACUUGCCUAUUCAUUGCUUUAAGCACUGCAUAAAAUGUACUCAGAAAGGGGGUCGUCUUUACUAUUGGAAUGGGGAUUGGAUUGAUGCUUGGACCUAUUACUUUGGGUCUUGGAUUGGUACCUGCAGAGAUUUUGCAUAUUAUUCUCUUUUUAAAGGUAGUUCAUUGGUGGAAAUAAGGUAGAUUAACCAUUAAAAAUAAGUGA